GUGGAGGUUUAAGCUUUGUCCCCUUCGUCUCGUCGAUCAGGCACGCGAACUGACGAAUCGAGAGGAUUCUCUCUCUCUCUAGAGAAUCGGAUUCAGCUUCUGCGUUCGAUCGCGCGCCGAUCGCCGCACCGUGAUCUCGCUGCUUCAGUGCUUGCAUCUGCGUUUGGGUUUGGACGCUACCGCUACGGUGCUACCUGAGGCGGAAGACGAAGGCUGAGGUUUUGCAGAUUCCUUAUUUCCGAUUGCUGAAAUCACAAUAUUGAAGCGCCCAAGUUGCAACAGAAAAUUUGGCUAAUCUCUAGUUAUGGGGUGUGUGUGUUGCUGUUUGCGCGAGAAUACCUUGGAAGAUCAAGAACAUCAAAAUAGAGGAUGUCUCCAUCUCUGCAGAUACGUUCAGCUCUAUUUUGAUCUGUGCCAUUCAGUGAUCCAGAGCGGAGUUCGAAGAGUCGUGCCAUCAAAUGAUCAUGCAACACUUCCUCUAGUUCCUAUUUCCCAAGUCAAUACUGAAGAUAACAAUACUGCCAUUAUUCUGUCCCAGCACACAUCUGUAUCAGUCAGACAUGAAAAGGUUGCAAACAUUCAACCUGACCGAAAGGAGCAAAAUGGAUCCACCGACGAAGAGAGAUCCAACACAUGCCACCCCGGGAGUUUGCAGCCUUCGCCAAGAAUGACUGAUGGAGUAACAUGUUUGUAUCCAUCAUCUUACGAUGAAGAUGCAUGUCCAAUUUGCCUCGAGGAAUACACUACUGAAAAUCCAAGGAGUACUUUGCAGUGUUCCCAUCAGUUCCACCUUUGCUGUGUAUAUGAGUGGAUGGAGAGAAGCCAUGCCUGCCCAUUCUGUAGCGAGUUAAUGUUAUUUAAAGAAGAUGUCUGGUCCUGACUGGGUUUCUCUAGUGGUGAGCUCUCCAAACUGUAAAUGAAUGAUGCUCCUCAUUCUUCUUGUUCUUCCCAUUCUGAAAUAUUUUCUCAAGAACUGCAACCGGAUAGUCGGUUUAGUGUCUUAUUUUUCAGAAAUAUUCAUUUUGACCUUUAUUGCUGAGAUGAUAAGGCAACCUCAAUAGAGAAGGUUCUCUGAAACAUAGAUGCUUGCAUAGUGAACCAUACAUUUAAAUUCUCAGGCUCCACCCCCAUUGUUUUCUAUGUUUCUUGUGAGAAUGAAACAAUGAUGAAGAAAAGAAAAUGGUGCAGAAAAUUUUGCUUUCUUUCAGUUUAGUCAAGAUCAUACUUUUGUCUCACUUG